AUUAGAGAGUAUUAUGUUAACGCAAACCUUUACUCUAUCGUAUUUCCACUAUAUGCAAAGUUUCAGAUCCUAAGCAUCCACAUUAUUCUUUAAUAAACUCUGUAUAGCUUCUUCUGUGAGCUGUUCAUAAUGGGUUGUCUUGUGAGAGAGUGUUUUCGAGUCGUCGGUUUUGGAAUGGUGCUUGCUGUGAGUUUCUGCCGUGCAGGACCGCUCGAUCGCAAGGGAAAACUGCAGCAAAAUAAAAUGGUUGACUACCAAGGAUCUGGGGGAAGUCCCAAAGCUCGUAGUUGGACUUCCAGCCGGGAGGAGUGGCUUCAAACGGUACUUAAAACCAGCAAGUACAACGUUGAGGGCGACAUCAGGGCAGACAGAGGACAAUGUGGCGUUAUGAAGGUAGUAGGUGGCCAAGUGGCUGAUGAGGAUCGAUGGCCGUGGCAGGCUGAAUUGGUAGUCAAGAAAACAGGCGCCCAUGUAUGUGGAGGUACGGUAGUUGGGAACGAACAUGUUCUGACGGCAGCUCACUGCUUCGAUAGAUUUCACGAGAACGAAAUAAUAGUACGACUGGGCACUCGCAACCGCAACCGUCGUGGGUCAAACGAACAGGUUUACCCCAUCUCGUGUCUGCACAUUCACGGCAAGUACAGCCGCGAGACGAAGACUAACUCAAUCGACUACGACAUCGCCCUGUUGAGACUCAAAACGCCUGUGACGAAGACUAGCGAACCACGUGGUGUGGUGUUCAACGAUCACGUAGCACCAGCCUUGCCAAGACGAGGAGAGUUUCAAGCGGACGCGAUUUGCAUCGUUACGGGUUGGGGAUACACAGAUUUCACGAGUUUGAUAACCCGCAUAAUGCCAUCACAGUUAACCGAAGCUAGUGUUCCCCUCAUCCGCGCCAGAACGUGUCGUGACGCCUAUCCCUCCCUCACCAACAGAAUGGUAUGUGCCGGAUACAUGGACGGAAAUGUGCGUGCGGACACGUGCAAAGGCGAUAGCGGGGGUCCACUGGUGUGCCAAUCAAAGGAGGGGAAAUGGAAACUCUGGGGUGUGACGUCAUGGGGGAGAAACUAUUUCUGCAACGAAUCACCGACCGAUCCAGCACCAGGCGUCUACACAAGGGUGGAUAAAUUUGUCAAAUGGAUCGAGAAAAAAAUGUCGAAGGGAGCUUGCUCUUGAGUGGGCUUAGAAAAGCUUAGUCUUGAGACCCAAACAUUAUUAUUAUUGUAAAAUUAUUUAUUUAUCGACUAGCACUUAUCUUUGACAUGUUAACUUAGAGAAAGGUGUGUCACAACGUGUAC